GGCAACAUGGAUUUAAGCAGACGUCCGAAGACCGCACCGUUGGGAGGUCAGCCCACCUCUUCCGCUCACGUUUCAGUCUGGCCUGCCAGGGGUUUUACAUUCUCACCCCUCUCCGAACAGCAGCUUCAGAAAGAGGCCGCUGAAGCCCUGAUAGUGCUGAGAAACUCCCCCCAGACAGCCCCCCUUCUUGCCACAUCCAGUCUCCUGCCCCUGGUCAGCUCUGGGCCUGCUCUGAUGGCUUCGCCAGCUUUCCCCCACCCAUCAGAGACGGCUCACAACUUUGGGAUGCCCAAUCCCUUCCAACAGCACCCUCAAUACUUUAUGCCAUCCUAUGGCAUUCAUGCUGUGAAGCCCUCCAAGGACAUAGCCCUGAAAGGGACCCAGAUGCCUCCAGAUCAACUGAGUGCCCACAAGGAACAGGUCCCAGGGCCCCUCUUCCUUCCUUUGCUCCACAGCGGUCCUCUUCCCCAGCAGUAUAAAAAUGUCCAUCUGUUCUCCAUUGCACCACCCCGGGGUCCUCAGCUAGCUACUUCUGUAAUGGUCUCUGGCAUCCAAGCAGUCAAACCCAGCUUUGGAGAGGCCUCUAAUAUUAGCCACCACCAUUUCCCCCCUAGCGUGACUACCUACCACACCGCCCCUGGUUCCCCACCAAAUACUGUCUACAUGCCACAAGCAAUGGAGAAGAGCUGGAUUUCAGAGGCAAACAUCGAGGUUGCGACUCCAGCCAGUUCCGCACAUGGCGGCCCUCAGCUGUUGCCCUUCUGUGUCCCCCCCAUGGACAUCUCUCUCACCCCAGUGCCCCUACCAAGUGGCAUUUCCUGUACCCCACUUGCGAUGGAAGUGCACAGGACCCCCAGGCUGUCCCUGCUGAAUCCUGCCCCAUACCUCCUAGCCCAGCAACCUUUCCCAGAGACAGUAUUUCCUCUGAGGCAGAAAUCCCCACAAGGCCAACAACAGCAGAGCCCAGGACAAAGGUGUUCCAGUCAAGGGCCAGCCGGAGAGGAGAGCGGCAGCAGCCACAAAGUGCCUGGAAGCAGCGAUCCAACAGAUUCCGCUGAAUUGGGGUCCAAGUUCCUCCCAGCCAGGCAAGCUCCCAGCCAGCAAGCCUCACCAAACCAACAGUCUCCUCACCGCCUCGAGGCCAACUCCUCCCCCUCCAUUUCCCUCAGCAUUGGCCAGAUGGGCUCCAUAUCCCUCCCCAGCUAGGUUCCUCGCAGGAACCAGAGCUGGCAGUAAGUGCUUUGCCAGCGUAUGUUGGGAUGAGGAGGAGAGGGCAAGAGCUUUCUCCCAGGCCUGUGAUCUUUCAAGACUGGAGCAGCCAGCCGUGGCCAGGCCUCUGCCUCUUGUUCCUUUUGCCACCACAGAUGGUUUUAUUGUGGCCGCUCCACACCAGUCUUCAGUUGAACACAUUUUUUUUCUGACUUUGUUCUGUGUCAGAUGAGAGCCAGAUUUUUUUUCUUUCUUUCUUUCUU